AGUCAGCAGUCAGAUAAGUUAGAUGUAGUUUACACUGCGUUUUGGGAACAUUUUUUAAUUUGGGUGUUUAAGUCGGUUCGUUAGUUUUGUUUAACUUAUUCCGGUCGGCGGUCAUUUCGGUUAGCUCGGUCGGUCACAGCUAACUCUGUCACGUUUCCGUUAGUUGACACGACAGGAAGCAUCGCUAACGUAGCACUGAAGUUAACGUUAGCAGACAUACAACGGACUAGCCAGCUAGCUAACGUCAGCUGUCCCAACAAACAGGCCAGAAACAGAUGAUUAUAACGGUCAUUAUGUAUAUUUAUUAAACUUGUAUAUAUCCAGGAGGUUAUUUAGAUUGCGGUUUGGUUAGCUCGCCCGCAGUUUCGUAACGAUAACUGUUAGCAGCAUUUUAGUGGGGCUAGCUGAGCUAUCGUUCAAAGAGCGAAAAAAAACGGUAACGUUACGUUGUGCUCGAAACUGGCUCAGCUUUUGCUAAAGUUGAUGUCUCCUGUUAUAAUGAAAUAGCUGCGGGAAAAUCCAGCUGCUAUGGUGUCUGCCACACCGCUGCACCUGCCAAGUUGAUCGACAGUCAGUGAGACACCUGGUCCAGCAUGAAGGCCCUCGGAUCCAGAUUCUCCUUCUAUGCGGGUUUCGUGGUGGGAACCUUCACACUGUACGUGUUUCUGCGGCAGGUGUGGUUUGAGAGGACUUUGUCAGCACAGCAGGCCAGCAGCUUUGAUAAACUUCAUGACUACCAGCUACAGCUCGAGGAGGAGAGGAAAAUAUGGAAGAAGGAGAGGUCUGCUCUUUUCAACCUGAAGCACCCUCAUCAUAAAGGUGAGGAUAGUGGCAUGGCUGAUGAACUGUAUAAAAAGGUGCGUAUUCUUUGCUGGGUGAUGACUGGACCCAACAACCUGGAGAAGAAGGCUCGGCAUGUGAAGUCCACGUGGAGUCGCCACUGCAAUAUUGUGGUCUUCAUGAGCUCUGUGGAGGACCCGGACUUCCCCACGGUGGGCCUAGGUACGAAGGAGGGUCGGGACCAGCUCUACUGGAAAACAAUCCGAGCCUUCCAUUACGCCUACGAUUAUCACAUCAAUGAGGCAGAUUGGUUCCUCAAGGCAGAUGAUGACACCUACGUAAUAGUAGACAACCUGCGGUGGAUUCUUUCGAACCACACGCCGGAGGAGCCGAUUUACUUUGGCAGAAGAUUCAAGCCCUACACCAAGCAGGGCUACAUGAGUGGUGGUGCAGGCUACGUGUUGAGCAAAGAGGCUUUACGGCGAUUUGUAGAAGGAUUUAAAACUAACGUGUGCACUCACACUACCUCUGUGGAGGACCUGGCAAUGGGGCAGUGCAUGGAGAAAGUUGGGGUGCUGGCAGGGGACUCCAGAGACACUGCACACAGGGAGACAUUUCACCCAUUUGUCCCCGAGCAGCACCUCACUGCCAAGUUUCCUAAAAGCUUCUGGUACUGGAGCUACUGCUACUACCCCAUCUCAGAGGGUCCAAACUGCUGCUCGGACUUGUCGGCGUCAUUCCACUACGUAGAUGCUUCACACAUGUAUUUACUGGAGUACUACACGUAUCACCUGCGUGCCUUUGGCUACAGAUACCGUUACCAGCCCCCCACCCCGCAAGGCUAUAACAUUGAGCAGUCGAGUUCCCGGGAUGCUUCAGAAGGCAAAAAGGAGCCGACUUCUCAGGAGAAAGGGCGAGGAGAGGGGGAUGAUCCGUCCAGGACUGACAAGAGACAGGAUGCAGAUCCCCCCCCUGUAAAGAAAGAACCUCCUGCUGCUCCAGCAGGCAAAUAACAGUAGGACUAUGUGGGUGUGUGAAGUGAAGGGGA